UAAUCCCGGUUAUGAAGAUCAUCGCUCCUAUUGGCAUCCUCAUCUGCCUCGGGGGGCUGGUGAGCAACGGCCUCGUUCUCGGCCUCCUUGGGCUCUCGCUGAAGUUGGGGGGCUUCACCGUCUUCAUCUUCCAUUUGUCAUUGGCCGACUUUCUCUACCUUUCCUGCCAGACUGUGCUUUUCAUGCAAAUUAUAUUAGCUACCUUUCAUGGCAUCAUGUUUGAUGUGAGGUACAUGGGUAUACUCACGUACACUUCCUACACGGUGGGGCUGUGUGUGCUGACCGCCAUCAGCGUCACACGCUGUCUGUCUGUCCUGCACCCCAUCUGGUGCAGACUGCACGCGCCCCGGCAUGCGCCCACCGUGGUGUGCUCCCUGAUCUGGGUCCUCUCUGGCUCAGGGAACGUGUACAUUUCCCUCGUCUGUUGGGCUGAUGGGUUUAUUGACUGCGAGUCUUGCUUUGUGUCUGUGGAAGUAUCUGCUGUUCUUUGUUCUGUUCUUCUCUCUGUGACGGUGAUGGGCAUCCUGACUGUGCUGUUCAAGGUCAGGUGCGGCACCCAGCGCCGUCCUCCCCUCAAGCUGUACAUCACGGUGUUGCUGACGGUCCUCUUUCUGCUGUUCGCCUUCCCCGUCUGCAUCACCCUGCACCUCGUGCGCUCCCCCAACCAGUACUACGUGGCCAGCGUGCAGCUGCUCUCCUGUGUGAACAGCAGCGCCAACCCUCUCGUCUACUACUUUGUAGGCAGGAUCGGGGGGCGCAGGCGAGGGGAAAACUUACGGGAGGCUUUCCAGAAGACUCUGGGGGAGGACUCAACCCUGACAAGGGACAGUUCCAGCGGGGCCGUCAACAGUUCGGGGUGAGGAAGGAGCAGGGGCCAGUCAGGCCCUGUGAGGUGACCUGACCGACUCUGCUCACAGGGG